AUGGAUGCCGAUGUCAAUGAGAUCGUUAUCGAUGAUGACGAUGACGACGAUGCUGGCAUAUUCAGCAUCGCCAAGGACCGCCAAAGUGAGUACGAUGACGCCCUCACUGGUGAAGAAACGUUCUUUCAGCAGUGCACACGAAGUGCUUUGCUGUUGACAAGGAUGAAUCAGCAAAGGAAGUUCUGCUGA